AUGUUAUCAUUGCAACAGCAGUCCUGUAUGGAUAUCGACAAUCUGGUUGGGAAGAUGAAAAGACAUGAAACAAAGUUAUUAAUUCAGAAGAAGAAGAAUUCGGAUUCUGACAACAAAUUAAAUGAUGUUAAAAUUCACAUGGCCUACUUGGAGUGGUACAAGAAGGAUUCCAAAGAUAAAGGUUAUGGAUACUAUGACAUGUACAGAAAUAAGGAGAAGCCAGCUGACGUUAAGGUUAACGAGUAUAAGAAGAAACUCAUGAAUUACUGGGAGGACUCUGUCACAGAAAUAGAGAACAAGCCUCAGUUAGACAGAGCUUACUUGCGGCUUCGUUGGCUUUAUGCAGGCACAACCUACUGGAGGAUGGUUGAACCACUUCACAUUGCAGACUGCUAUAAGGAUGGUGGGGAAAAUUACCAUACCGAGGAUGGGAAAAGGCCUAAACAUUUUACUCUGUUGGCGAAAUUGCAUCAGGAGAAGCAGGAGCAAGAAAAGAAGAAGAGGCAGGAAACACAGAAACAAGAAGAAACACCAGAAUCUGGCCCAAGCAAAUCCAAAAGAAAGAACGUGGGUUCUAAUUUGAAUGAUGAUUCUUGCUUUUGGGCACGUGUUGAGGAAGCUCUCAUCUUGUUGAAGAAUGGAGGACUAACUACUGAUGACAAAGGGAAGUUGAAAGAGUUUGAGGACUAUGUGUGGACUGCUCUAAAGAAUUAUGCAGUGUCACCUGAGAUUUUCUUGAAGAAGAGCAGUUUUAUGAAAUGGUGGAAUGAGUAUAAAGGAAUUGUUGAAAGCUCCUCAUCGCUCUCGCACUUCAUGAAAAAUGGUGGUCCCAAAGAGUACGAGGAAGGGAAGUUUACCUAG